GUGUUCACAUCGGACCACGAACAAUGUAACGUACUUCCGGUGCUUGUUUGGCUGGCAAUUUGAAAUGUGUACAAUGUAAAAUCGUGUUGUUUUCGUAGAUUUAAUGGCAAUCUUAUUAAAUGACACGUUUCAAAUCACUACUGCAAGAGUCCUAUAGUGACAUAUACGAGUUUAACGUCCCUUUCUAGUCUCUAUACUAUGUUUAAAAGGAUGGCUGAAUUUGGACCAGAUUCCGGGGGUAGAGUGAAGGGUGUUACGAUCGUCAAACCCAUCGUAUUCGGAAACGUUGCUCGGUAUUUUGGAAAGAAGCGAGAGGAGGAUGGACACACUCACCAAUGGUCUGUGUACGUGAAACCAUACAGAAACGAGGAUAUGUCUGCAUAUGUGAAGAAAAUACAGUUCAAGCUACAUGAAAGUUAUGUGAAUCCACUCAGAGUCGUGACGAAGCCUCCGUACGAGAUCACAGAGACGGGCUGGGGAGAGUUUGAGAUCAUCAUCAAGAUAUUUUUCAUCGACCCCAAUGAGAGGCCGGUGACUCUCUACCACCUACUGAAGCUCUUCCAGUCAGACUCCAGUGCCAUGCCCAAGAAGACGGUGGUCUCUGAAUUCUAUGAUGAAAUGAUCUUCCAGGACCCCACAGCCAUGAUGCAACAGCUCCUUAGCACCUCUAGACAACUGACUGGGGCCUAUAAACACGAGACGGAGUUUGCGGAGCUGGAGCUGCGGACGCGGGAGAAGCUGGAAGCAGCGAAGAAGAAGACCACAGAGAUCACAGACCUGAAGGAUAGACUGAAGGCCAGCAGAGAGACCAUCAACUUCCUGAAGGGAGAGAUACGCAAGCUGGAGGAGGAGGACCAGAUCAAAGACCACUGAUACACACACACACUGGAUUUGCCACAGACGGCUCUCAAUCCCACUCAGAUUUGCCACAGAUGGCUCUCAAUCCCACUCAGAUUUGCCACAGAUGGCUCUCAAUCCCACUCAGAUUUGCCACAGAUGGCUCUCAAUCCCACUCAGAUUUGCCACAGAUGGCUCUCAAUCCCACUCAGAUUUACCACAGAUGGCUCUCAAUCCCACUCAGAUUUACCACAGACGGCUCUCAAUCCCACUCAGAUUUACCACAGACGGCUCUCAAUCUCACUCAGAUUUACCACAGACGGCUCUCAAUCCCACUCAGAUUUACCACAGACGGCUCUCAGUGCAACAUGUCACAUGUGUGUUGACUGGUCUGGGUUUUGAGCUGCUGUUUUUAAUUUGUCUUUUUUCUGCAAAACUCAAACCAGUUUUUCUUUGAUUUCUCCUAUGUUCAAAAUGAUUAGAACACGAUUGUUAGAACUGAUGGAUCAAACAUGUCUUAGAUGCUAUUCAGGGUUAUUAUUUUGUCAAGGAUUGAUCUCUUAAACACAUCUGGAUAGCCUGGGCUAACU